AUGGGAGGGCAGGUCUCGAAAUUGAUGGGCAAGAUCUUCGGAUCCAAGGAGAUGCGCCUACUCAUGCUGGGUCUGGAUGCUGCCGGAAAAACAACCAUUCUCUACAAACUCAAGCUCAACCAAGACGUCACCACCAUCCCAACUGUUGGCUUUAAUGUCGAAUCAGUGACGUACAAAAAUGUCAAGUUCAAUGUGUGGGAUGUUGGUGGCCAGGAUAAGAUUCGACCUUUAUGGAGACACUAUUUUUCAGGCACCCAGGGUCUCAUCUUCGUCAUUGAUUCCAAUGACCGCAGUCGCAUAGAUGAAGCGCGGCAGGAGCUGCAUCGGAUCAUUCUAGAUCGUGAAAUGAAAGAGGCUUUACUUCUCGUUUUUGCAAAUAAGCAGGAUAUUCAAGGUGCCAUGGACCCAAAGGAAGUAACCGAAAAACUCCAAUUAAAUCAGCUUAAAGAUAGAAUAUGGUUUGUUGUGCCAAGCUGUGCAACAACUGGUGAAGGCUUAUUUGAAGGCCUGGCCUGGCUUUCUAACAAUGUCAAAACGCAGCAGCAACGGCAGGGAAAAUAG